AUCUACCACUACUAAUUCAUUCUGUGAGUUAUAUUACUGUGUGUUCAUUCGAGAUACUUCACAUUCAAUAAUUCUCUGCGAAGACCGCAGCACGUUCCGCUGUUCGCUUUAAUCUAAGGAUAUUCAUUAGUUUAACUUCUAAAUUACACAAAAAAAGAUGCCUGAAAAAAUGGAAACUGCCGCUGGAGAGGUCGAGACCUUCGCCUUCCAGGCUGAAAUUGCUCAACUGAUGUCUCUGAUCAUCAACACUUUCUACUCCAACAAGGAAAUCUUUCUUCGAGAAUUGAUCUCCAACUCCAGUGAUGCACUUGACAAGAUUCGCUACGAGUCGCUGACUGAUCCGACGAAAUUGGAUUCAGGCAAGGAGCUCUACAUUAAACUUAUUCCAAAUAAAAAUGAUCGCACCUUGACAAUUAUUGACACCGGUAUCGGUAUGACAAAGUCCGAUUUGGUCAACAAUUUGGGAACAAUCGCUAAAUCAGGAACCAAAGCGUUCAUGGAGGCUCUGCAGGCCGGAGCUGACAUCUCGAUGAUUGGUCAAUUUGGCGUUGGUUUCUAUUCUGCCUAUUUGAUCGCCGACAAGGUCACCGUCAUCUCAAAGAACAACGACGACGAGCAGUAUCUUUGGGAAUCAAGCGCCGGAGGAUCAUUCACAGUUCGUUCAGAUCCAGGCGAGCCACUUGGACGCGGUACAAAAAUUGUUCUCCACGUCAAGGAGGAUCAAGCUGAAUAUCUCGAGGAAAGCAAAAUCAAGGAAAUUGUCAAGAAGCACUCGCAAUUCAUCGGCUAUCCGAUUAAAUUGGUCGUGCAAAAGGAACGUGAGAAGGAAUUGAGUGACGACGAAGCUGAAGACGAACCCGAGGAGAAGAAGGAGGAUGAGGACGGAAAACCAAAGGUUGAAGACGUUGGCGAGGAUGAGGAUGAGGAGAAUAAGGAGAAGGAAAAGAAGAAGAAGAAGACAAUCAAGGAGAAGUACGAGGAAGACGAGGAACUCAAUAAGACAAAACCCAUCUGGACCCGCAGCCCCGAUCAAAUCACCCAAGAAGAAUACGGUGAAUUCUACAAAUCACUCACCAACGAUUGGGAAGAUCAUUUGGCAGUGAAACACUUCUCUGUCGAGGGUCAACUUGAAUUCCGCGCACUUCUCUUCAUCCCCCGUCGCAUGCCAUUCGAUUUAUUCGAAAACAAGAAGCGCAAGAACAACAUCAAACUCUACGUUCGUCGCGUCUUCAUCAUGGACAACUGCGAGGAGCUCAUCCCCGAAUAUUUGAACUUCAUGAAGGGUGUUGUCGACAGUGAGGAUCUUCCCCUCAACAUCUCCCGUGAAAUGCUUCAGCAAAAUAAAAUUCUCAAAGUAAUCCGCAAAAAUCUAGUCAAAAAGUGCCUGGAACUAUUCGAGGAACUCACCGAGGACAAGGAGAACUACAAGAAAUUCUACGAGCAAUUCAGCAAGAACAUCAAACUUGGAAUUCACGAGGACAGUUCCAAUCGUUCGAAACUCGCCGAAUUAUUGAGAUUCCAUACAUCAGCAUCCGGCGAUGAGAUGUGCUCGAUGAAGGACUACGUUGGACGCAUGAAGGACAAUCAAAAGCACAUUUACUUCAUCACUGGCGAGAGCAAGGAUCAGGUUGCCAACAGCUCCUUCGUUGAGCGUGUCAAGAAACGUGGAUUCGAAGUUGUCUACAUGACCGAGCCAAUUGACGAGUACGUUGUUCAGCAACUCAAGGAAUUCGACGGCAAGCAAUUGGUGUCCGUUACCAAAGAGGGCUUGGAGCUUCCCGAGGACGAUGAGGAGAAGAAGAAGCGCGAGGAAGACAAGGCCAAAUUCGAGGAAUUGUGCAAAGUCAUGAAGACAAUUCUCGACACGAAAGUUGAGAAGGUCGUGGUCUCAAAUCGUUUGGUCGAUUCACCGUGUUGCAUCGUCACCUCCCAAUAUGGAUGGACCGCCAACAUGGAGAGGAUCAUGAAGGCUCAAGCAUUGAGGGACACGUCAACGAUGGGCUACAUGGCGGCGAAGAAACACCUCGAGGUCAAUCCCGAUCAUCCUGUGAUUGAGACCCUCCGUCAGAAGGCCGAAGCUGACAAGAACGACAAAGCUGUCAAGGACCUCGUAGUUUUACUCUUCGAGACUUCUCUCCUUUCGUCCGGAUUCACGUUGGAUGAACCACAAGUUCAUGCAGCUCGCAUCUACAGAAUGAUCAAACUCGGCUUGGGAAUCGACGAGGAGGAACCAGUCGUCGAGGAACAAAAGCCCGACGAUGAUGUCCCACCACUAGAAGGUGAAUCCGAGGAAGCAUCGCGAAUGGAGGAAGUCGAUUAAGUGUAAAUUUGCAAAAGUUAAAAUGAUGAAAGUUCUCUUUUUUUGAGUUUCCGUGAUGUUUAGUGCAAAAAAUACUGUUUUUUCUUUUUUAUCGAGUGUGACUGCGUUUUAAGUAGUCCCCCUGGUAAAAAUUCUUUUUUUUAUUUUUAUGAACACGUUUCACAAAAUACUUGUAAAGAUCUGCAAUGAAGUUUGUUCUCACCAUAAAAUAAUGAGUUUGUCGUCUUCAGCGUUUAAACGUUCGCGUAAAUCGAAAAUAACAAUUUCUUAGAAAUAAUAACGCAAAAAAUACCAAGCUUUAAUAAUUAUAUUCGAAUAAAAAGGCUGAUAAGACUGUACUAAUAUUCUUAAGAGAAAAUUACGUAAAAAAAAACGAAGUAUUGACAGUAUUUGAGAGUACGUUCCAGUUACUGGUUAAUUUUGGAAUUUUAAUGUAUUCACACGAAAUUUGAUUUCAACUUUUAAAAUAAAUUCCUUUUUUAAUGAA